AUGGCACUGACAGGGCUUGGACUAAAAAUUGAUCAAUGCGAUUUGAUCUGGGUUCACGUUUUGGCCAAGAAAUUAGAUUCUGAAACUAGAAGACAAUGGGAACUUUCCUGCGCGGGAAGUGACAUGCCAAAAAUCAAGCAGAUGAAGAAGUUCUUGGAGGAACGAUCUCGCGCCCUAGAAGCUACGAAGGACCUCCAGUUACCUUCAAUUCAUAGAAAAAAUCAUCAAGGAAGUUCAGACCAAUCUGGAAAUUCUAAGAAAGAUGACAAGGAAACAACCAUACUACAAAAUGGACGAUUCACUGUGCAGCUGCCUUUCAAGCCCAAUAGUCAACUUGGCGACAGUUUAGCACAAGCAAAACGCAGAUUCAAUUAUCUCGAGCGACGACUGGAACAGAAUCCAGAACUUAAAGAUCGCUAUACCGCAUUCAUAGACGAAUUUCUCGAUAUGGGGCAUAUGGAGUACAUACCGCCUGGAGAAAUCGAAAAGCCAGUUGAUAGCGUAUAUUAUCUGCCACAUCACUGCGUUUUCAAGGAAGAUUCUACUACCACAAAGCUACGUGUAGUUUUCGACGGAUCUGCAACAACAUCAACCGGACAAUCACUCAACGACACUUUGAUGGUUGGUCCCACAGUACAAGACGACCUCUACUCGAUAAUCAUGCGCUUCAGGUUCUACCCAAUUGCUUUGUCAGCAGAUAUCGCAAAAAUGUACCGACAAGUUGCUCUAGAGGACAAAUCGAAGGAUUUCCAUCGCAUACUUUGGAGAUCAAAUAAAUCGGAUGAAAUCAAGCAUCUCAGGAUGACACGUGUUACAUAUGGAAUAGCUUCGUCAGCGUUUCACUCAACAAGAUGCCUCAAUGAAGUAGCAAAUCAAUCUAAGAACCCAAUGAUCAAAGAAAGUCUCAAAAAUUGUUUCUAUGUAGACGACUUUCUUGGUGGCGCUAAUGAUAAGCAUGAAGCAAAAAAACUCAUCUCUGAUUUGUGCGAAGAGCUGAACUCUUAUGAAUUCCCUCUUCGAAAAUGGACUUUAAGCAAUGCUAAAAUAAUUGAAGGAUUGCCAGAACAUCUCCGCGAAAAAUCGGAUGUGCUGGAACUUUUCUCUGACGAAUACAAAAUCAAGGCGCUAGGAGUCAGUUGGAAGCCCAAUAAGGACAUUUUUUUGUUUUUCAACUGCCUUACCAGAGCUGAAACUGCUUACAAAGAGGACUAUUCUGUCCACAAUCUCAAAAUUGUUUGA